AUGCCUACAUUAAAUCAAUUGAUUCGUCAUGGUAGAGAAGAAAAACGGCGCACGGACCGUACUCGAGCUUCGGAUCAAUGUCCCCAGAAGCAAGGAGUACGCCCGCGUGUUCCAACGAGAACACCGAAAAAACCAAAUUCAGCUCCACGUAAGAUAGCCAAAGUACGGUUGAGCAAUCGACAUGAUAUAUUUGCUCACAUUCCAGGCGAAGGUCAUAAUUCGCAGGAACAUCCUAUGGUGUUAAUAAGAGGAGGUAGAGUGAAAGAUUCGCCAGGUGUGAAAUCCCAUUGUAUUCGAGGAGUCAAGGAUUUGCUGGGAAUUCCGGAUCGAAGAAGGGGCAGAUCUAAAUAUGGUGCGGAAAAACCCAAAUCGAUAUGAAUGGAAGAUGCC